AUGGUUGCUAUCAAUGAAAAACCUGUAUGCCUCCAAUUUGACACAGCCUCGGACUUUAGCAUCAUCUCCAAACGCACAUGGCAGGGGACUGGACGGCCUCCGACGAUCACAUCGGACAAAAAGGCCAUGGAUGUUUCCGCAGAUUCCUCCGGCUCCCGGGGAACAUGCUAUCUUACCAACCGCCCGAAGCCUGACUUGAUUGGCCUUGACUGGAUCGAGAAGCUCGGUCUCCUAGAUUUGCCACUUAACCGUUUUUGCAAUGGUGCGCAGUCAACUUGGCCCAAUCCCGCCAAAUCAAAUCAGCUGACAGCGAAUCUGAUGUUAUCAAUAUUCUAA